AUGGCCUCCUCGACGACGUCCGUGCGUCCGCCGUCCUCGGCCGAGACGAUACCGCCCUCCGAGGCACGAGAACGGGCAGCGACGCACGAUGAGCUAUCUAUGCAACGCAAAAUCUUGAUCAUGGCGUCUCUUGUCGGAACACAACUUGUACAGAUGGUUGCAUUCGGCGGCGGCAUUGAUGGUGGUCUGGUUAUCCCUUCGAGGCUAGGCGAGUUCUCCCCUGGAGCGACUGCAUGGAUAGCAGCCUCCUACCCGCUUACCCAGGGCGCUUUCAUCCUCCCCGGCGGCCGGCUCGGCGCAAUCUACGGACACCACAACAUGCUCUUUGUCGGCGCCGUGAUCUGGAUCGCCUUCACGCUUGGUAGUGGCUUCGCGCCAACAUUCGUCUCGCUCUGCGCACUCCGCGGGUGCUCCGGGAUCGGCGGCGGGAUCAUGGUCCCGAACUGUGUUGCGCUCCUCUGCAUUACUUUCCCGCCCGGCCGAGUGCGCAACAUUGCGCUUGGUCUCUUUGGAGCCGCCGCACCGAUUGGCGCAGCUGGUGGUGGUAUUUUCUGUGGGCUCAUCAUCCAGUUUGCGCCGUGGAAGUGGAUGUUUUUCUUCCUGACAAUACUGGCUUUCGUGGUCUUCGGGAUGGCGUUCAUUUCUACACCGAGAGACGAGCCUCUUGCGCCCGAUGGCAAGGUUGACAUCAUUGGUAGCGCACUUGGCGUGUCUGCGCUCUUCCUGUUCAACUUUGCUUGGAACCAAGCGGCCGUCGUCGGAUGGCAGAGAGUAUACGAAUACGUCCUUCUCAUCGUGUCGAUCCUGUUGGCCGUCGCCUUCAUUAUAUGGGAGGCUCGAUUCGCUCAGGAGCCUAUCCUACCGCUUGGAAUCUGGGCUCGGCCCUCGUUUGGCGCCAUCGUCGGUAUCGUCUGCCUCUCACUCAUGGGCUUCGCCAUCUUCCUAUGGUACACGCUUAAUUGGGAGUACAACAUACGCAAGUACACGCCAACCGCGACGGGCGCGACACUCACUCCGUUCAUCGUCGUCUCGGGUGCAGGGGCAUUUGUCGGCGCGCAGCUUGUUUCGCGCAUUCGCAUCGAGUAUAUUAUGGCCCUUGGCAUCAUGUCGAUCCUCACCGCGAACAUAAUUGUCGCAACGAUGCCAACGCACGAGGUAUACUGGGCGCAGGCUUUUCCUGCGAUUAUCAUCGCCGGAGCCGGCCCAGACUUGCUCAUCACCGCAGCGCAGGUCAUUGCCUCCAACUCCGUGCGACGUGCCGAACAGGGUGUCGCGGGAUCGCUCAUUGGCGUUAUGCAGACAUACGGGUUGUCCACCGGCCUCGGCUUUGCGGGCACAGUCGAGACACACGUCAACGAUGGCCGGCGCGACCCCGUCAAGGGAUACCGUGGAGCGUUGUUCUUGGGCGUUGGGCUCUGUGUUCUAGCUUUGGUCAUUAAUGUCCUCUUUGUGCGGAUGCCUGCAGAUACGAAGGAAGGUUGGGACGAAGAAGAUUUGAGGCAGCGGGACGGCAAAAUUCCUGAGCAGGUCCCUACAGAAAAAGUAGAAAAAGUCGAUUCGUAG